CAUCUUCCUAUCGAUCGGACCAAUAUCCAGCGGUCCUUUUAUAGGGUUACUAAUCAAUCCAGUAUUUCAGUUGUUAUAUCAGUUGGCAAGAAUCGAUAUUGUGCUUGUUAAUGGCUGCUUCUUCUGUGUCAUCCGGUGGUCGAUAUGAUGUGUUCAUCAAUUUUAGACGCGAAGACACUCGCAAGAUCUUUAUCGGCCAUCUUUACAAAGCGCUGGUUCAGAAAUCAAUAUACACCUUCAUUGAUGGUGACGAUCUGGAGCUCCCGACAACUAUCCAAGAGUCAAGGCUCUCGAUUGUAGUUUUUUCUAAAAACUAUGCUUCUUCCACGCGGUGCUUAAAACAACUUGUACAUAUCCUAGAUCGUGUGGAUACAAAGAAGCAUAUAGUGGUGCCCAUUUUCUAUCAAAUAGAUCCGUCUGAUCUUCGUAAACUCGCUGGAAGUUUUGCGAAAGCUUUUGCACAACAUGAUCACGACCCUAACGCCAACAUCGAUGAGGUGCAAAGCUGGAGGUCCGCUCUAACUAAAGCCGCCAAUUUUUCCGGUUGGGCUUCACGAGAUUAUAGGGAUGAAGCCAAGUUUAUUGAGGGAGUUGUGCAAGAUAUUUUUAAUCAAUUGCUCCAAUUCAGCAAAGUUUACGUCAGUUUUAGAGGUGGAGACACUCGCAAGGGUUUUGCCGCCCAUCUCUCCAAAGCUCUGCAUCAGAAUGUACUCAGCACCUUUAGAGAUGUUUCAGCGGACAUUAAAGGCGAUGAAUUCAGCAGUCUUUUCAAAGUUAUUCAACAGUCAAAGAUUUCGAUUGUAAUUUUUUCCGAAAGCUAUGCUCAUUCCCGUUGGUGCUUAGACGAGUUGGUCGCAAUCCUGGAAUGUGCGGACACAAACAAUCAGAUAGUGUUUCCCGUUUUCUAUGGAGUAGAUCCAUCUCAUGUUCGUCGAGCCACCGGGCCCUUUGGGGAAGCUUUUGCUCGACACGAGGAAGUUUUCAGGUACAAUAUGGAAGGGGUGACGCUUUGGCGCUCCGCUCUAACUAGAGCCACCGGGCCCUUUGGGGAAGCUUUGGCUGGACACGAGGAAGUUUUCAGGGACAAUAUGGAAAGGGUGACGCUUUGGCGCUCCGCUGUAACUAGAGCCGCCAAUUAUGCUGGAUUUGUACGCAAUAAUUUCAAGGAUGAUGCCGAGCUUAUUGAGGCCAUUGUACAACAUACUUGGAGAGCCUGCCGUGGCUUCGAACGGAUCUUGAAUUGAGAGCUUGAAUGAGACUGUAAUCAAAUACCAGAGCUUUUCACCGAGUAUAAAUUACAUGGAUGAACAAGAACAGUUUUGGAAAUAGUUUCAACUUUCAACACCAAAGCAUAAUUACGUUGAGGGAUAUAUUGUGGGUUUUAUUGCUUUUGAAUAAACAAAUUUCUGUAAAACAGUAGAAAGUGUCAAUUAGGUGCUGUUAUUGAGGACAUUCAUCGACUGGCUAGGCCAUUCACUAGAAUAUCCCCGAAAGCAUGUAUUUAGGGAGGCGAACUUCCUACUGUGGACAGAUCUUAUUUCUAUGAUCGUACUAUUACGAUUGUUUUGGCGCGUAAUGCUUGUAUCUUUGAUUGUAUGAGUGUGGAUGCGGUAGGGAAUUUAGUUUGUAACUGGUUGUGUGGUUGUGCUCCUUUCUUUCUGUGUAAAAUUUCUCUCUUGAAAUAAGGUGUCUUCUAUGGCG